AUGAGCUCCAAAAUAGACGACAUUGCUAAUCGCUUGCAAGAAAUCUUUGACCAGAAAGAGAAACUCGGUUUGAAGUACAUUGUGCAUACCUAUACUUCAACAUCACCAUGGCAAAGGAUACCAGGUUCGUAUGUGCUGGACGGACCUGUAGUUGGAAGAGAUGAAGACACAGCAAAGAUUGUUGAAUUGUUGUCCAGAGAUGUUGAUCCCUCUUCUCCCACCCAAUAUCAAGUUGUUGCCAUUGUUGGUAUGGGAGGACUCGGCAAGACAACGCUUGUGGCACAAGUCUUCAAUGAUGUAGCUGCAAUCGAACAGUUUGAUAUCAAAAUCUGGGUUUCAGUGUCUGCUGACUUCAAUCUUGAAAGUGUGACGAGAACUAUUUCUAAGAAAGUCAAAUCUCAGCCAUGUGAUACGGAUGAUUUCUGUCAACUUCAAGAUAAUCUGAGGAAGGACAUAGAUGGUAAAAGGUUUUUGAUUGUUUUAGAUGAUGUGUGGAGCACAUGUGAUUAUGAUUCAUGGACAAAACUUCAAGCUCCCUUUCGUGGUGGAGCUCAUGGAAGUAAGGUAAUGGUGACAACACGUGACGAAAAGUAGCAGCAUUGAUGGGAGCCCCAGCCACUGCAGUUUAUUAUUUAAAGACUCUUUCAGAUGAAAGUUGUUUGCAAGUAUUUGAGCAGCAUGUUAGCAAUGACCGGCCACCCAAUUUUGACUUGCUUAAGAGGAAGAUUGUUAUGAAUUGCAAUGGAUUGCCGUUGGCUGCAAAAACUCUUGGUGGUGUUUUACGUUGUAAAGAAACUGACAAAUGGGAGGAAAUACUGAACAGCAAAUUAUGGAGUACUUCAGAUGAGAGUAAUAUACUUCCAGUACUCAGAGUGAGUUAUCACUAUCUCCCUUCAACUUUGAAGAGGUGCUUUGCUUAUUGCUCAAUACUUCCCAAUGAUUAUGAAUUUGGGAAAACCCAAGUAAUACUUCUGUGGAUGGCAGAAGGUUUCCUUGAGCAACCAGAAGGAAGUAAGGCAAUGGAAGAUAUCGGUGACGAGUAUUUUGGGGAGUUGGUGUCUCGGUCAUUGUUUCAAAACUCAGGCAAAAACAGUUCAUGUUAUGUAAUGCAUGACCUUGUUGGUGAUUUGGCACGAUGGGCUGCUGGAGACACAUUUUGCAGAUUGGACGACAAGCCGCAAGGUGGAUGUUCUCAAAAGACUCGAUAUCUGACUUACAUUUCUGGUAAGUUUGAUGGGGUAAAAAGAUUGGAGAAAUUGUCUGAUGCUAAACGCUUGCGGACUUUCCUACCACUUUCAGUUUCUAAUGGGUAUGAGAAUUGUCUAACUGGUCAUGCUACAUCUGAUUUAUUACCAAAAUUGAAGUACUUGCGGGUGCUCUCCUUCAAAGGCUACAAACUCACCAAGGUGCCAGAUUCCAUAGGUAAUCUGAGACAUCUACAGUACCUUGAUCUUUCUCACACAUUAAUUAUGAGUUUGCCUGAGUCAACAUGCAAGCUUUACAACUUACAGACGUUAAUAUUAGAGAGUUGUUCAAAAUUGAAGACACUACCUUCAGACUUGAGCAAUUUAUCUAAUUUGCGUCAUCUCAAGAACUCAAACAUUCCUUCAUUGGAAGAAAUGCCUCCCCAAGUAAGUCGGAUUUCUCAUCUGCGGACUUUGGCUAAUUUUCUGGUGGGGAAAGGUAGUGUUUCGGGGAUUGGAGAGAUAGGGUCAUUGCAUCUUCGUGGAACUUUGAGGAUGCAAAAAGAGCCCAAAUAA